AUGUCAAAUUUUACCAGUUAUGAUCCUUAUGAAGAUAUUCCUUCUCCAUCAAUCGAUGCACUAAAUGAAUUGCUAAAUUUACCAUCUAAUUUUGACUUCAAUAUGAAUCCCACACCGGACGGUAUGAAUCCGUCUCUUCAUAGUAAUUCAAAUUCUCCUUCACAUUUAACAGAGCUACCUGAAAUAUAUCCAUCCGUCGCUCUUCAAUACAGUCUAGAUUUUAAUAGAUGUGAAUCUUCGAAUUCACACCAUAAUCUUGGAACAACUUUGCCAAGCAAUAAUAAUUUCGAAUCAAUCUUAAUGAAAACAAAUUCUUUACGUUCAUCACUGCAUACAGAUAUUACUAUUGAUACGUCUUUAGAACUAGAAGAUGAAAAACUUCAUAUUUUGGCUCAACCCAAAUUAUUUUAUCGUGAUAGAUAUCCUUGUGAAACUGACCCGGAAAAAAAUCGUGCCCAGCGUUAUAUUCGGGCUGAAGACGACAAAACCAGCUACGAAUAUCCAACUGUUAAAAUUCCAAAAAAGUGGCGUCAUUCGACACGACAAAUAUAUAUUCGCGUUACAUCAAUUACGAUCGAAAGCGAACUUGUACCAUAUCAUUGUAUACAUCCCUAUGAAAUCGACACACCAGACAAGCAUGCCAUUAAAGAUUUGAAGAAUAAUUCAUUAUAUUUUUGUGUUAAAGAUGAUGAAUUAAUUACAGGAGAAAAAAGUUUUCAAAUUACUCGAAAAAAAAUGAUUCAACAUGAUCUAAGACUUUAUGGGCCUUUACGUUUGUUUAGUUCGAAUCAACCCGAUCGACAAGUUUCCAUAAAUGUAGACGAUGCUAAACUCAAAAUAGCUAGAUAUCAAUUAUGGAAAUCUCAAUUAGUUUUUACUAUUACAGAACUCACCGGUACUAAUCAUUGGCCUGUUCCAAUAGUUCAUACAUCUGUCAAAUCUCAAAUUAUGAUUGAUCGAGAAACAGAUAAACGAAAUGCGUCAAUCAAUAUUGUGAAUGAUAAAGUGAAAACUAAAUUAAAAUGUGUACCACAAAAAGGCGAUUGGAAAGGCGGCGAUGAAGUAGUGAUUAUUAUGCCCAAGCCAAUCAAACGAAAAGCAUAUAAUAUUUGUUUCGAUUUUGGUUCGUAUGGACAACAAACUGUUAAAGAAAUAGAAUAUAUUGAUAUGAAAACACUUGUAUUUCGCACACCCUCGUGUCCAAUAUUACCGGACGAUGAAAAUAUAAAAGCAUCGAUUAUUGUUAGAGACAAUAAUUCAACUUCGUAUUCAAUUGAUUUUUAUUAUUUGACACCAACAAAAGCAGGGAUUCAUUUAUGUUCACGUUGUCAAAACCGUCAGUGGGAUGAUCGUAUGAAUAACAAGAGAAAAUGUGAAUAUAAGGAAUCUUUUGAAAAUGAUAGUGGUCACAAUCUUCUUUUACAAAUGAAAAAAUUAUCAAUAGAAAAAAAAACCAGUCAGUCUCGUGUUCGAAUUGCAUCAUAUGAAACGAACUCAAAAUUUGAGAAAUAUCUUAACCGAUUAAAAGCUGCUUCAGAAAAAUUCAUUCGUACCAAUGAUCCUUCUCGAUUGUUUCGUCAAGUACGUGCUUUAUUAACUGGAUGUGAUGAAAAUCCUCCUCCACUACAUGACGCUAUACAACGUGGACAUACACAAUUAGCAUUGUCACUUAUAGAACAAGUUCUUGACAUGUCUCCAUCACAAGGAAUAUUAGAGAAACAAAAUGAAAAUGGCGAAACACCAUUGUUAAUCGCUGCUAAACUUAACCAAUGGAAAUUAAUGGAACCAAUUCUUAGAAAUCGAUUGGAUCUCGUCCAACAGAAAGAUAAAGCUGGAAAUAAUCUAUUGCAUUUACUUGCAGAAAUCGAUGACGACGAGGGUGCAGCGACCAUUCAAAAUGUUAUCAAAAUUUUACCCAACGAAUCAAAAGAGCUUCUUUUGAAAGGAAAGAAUCAAGCACGUCAAACACCGUUAGAGAUUGCACAAUCACAUGGCAAUCAACAAGCUACUGCAAUGCUAAGCUUUUCAAUUGAGGUUGAAAAGGAAUAUUGA